AGAUCUGGCUUGCUACUGUGCUACUGUGCUACUCGCCUGAGCGCCGGUACGAGUAAGCAGUCUCUAGCUCUAGACCUAGCUAAGACCAUCCGAAUCCAGACAGAGGCAUGAAGUUUGAAGAGCUCAACAACUCGAGGCUCGUAGCAGGCCAGGGAAGAUAUCUUCCAAAUGGGUAUAGUUAUAGUUCUGGGUCUGGAGAAGAAUGGCGACAGGGGAACGUCUCGUGGUGAGCGUGUCGUGCAAGUGGUGGUGGUGGUGGUGGUGGUGGUGUGCCUCUUACGCUGGCCCGCACGUUUAUCACGGAUCCAGGACCAUCCCCAGCGCUGGCACACCUCGCUCCUGGGAAAUCUGGAUUUCUGGGAUUCCGGCGCCGUGCAUGGACCAACGAUCUCCCAGGGGUUUGCAUCUGAUUGGCGUCCUUACGAGUUAGUCAACAGGUCGCCGAGCUUACUUGUGCACUGUUGUGGUUUGCAGUGGAGUGGAGUGGAGUGGGCCUCAAUAUCUGCAUCUGCAUUGCGGAAUCAUCCAGCGUUAAGCUCAAGCUCAAGCGCAUCCAGACGACCUGGACCUUGUACUUCCUUCCGAUGGAUGGACGGUAGGGAAUCGAGGACGAUGUCACCAAGCGAGGACGAAGGGAGUGGACGCGGCCAUCGAAGUCUCCUCGUCCUCGCGGUACUGUACUGUACGGUACGGGUUCGCUGGUUGGUGUUGGUGUUGCGUGGAUGAAGGAUCGAUGAUUGGUAUUAUUGAUUUCAUGGAAGCGCAACCAAGCCUGACUGAUGGUCAGAAAUAGAAACUUUUGCGUUACCAGGACCAAGACAGCGGGUAGGAGAUUGUUGGACUCAAAAUGCGACAGAGAGCAAAGCAAGCAAGCAAGCAAGCAAGCAGGCACGACCCCGACCCCCAAACCCAGAGUCCCAUACCA